GUCAAGUCAUCGGUUCCUUCCGUAUUGGUGCUUAACUCCGUUACCGUGGCCAGCCAUCCUCUUUCACGGUCUCUAGUCUCCCAGAAAUUGCAAAGCCAGGAACAAGAGAGAGUAAGUUUCAUCUAGGAACUCGGAAACUGUAAAGGAGUUGUAAAAAGAUCUAACAACCAGUUAGGUUUUCAGAUUUGGAGAGAUCAAACUCUCUCCUGAUUUAAAUCUUCAAUGGCGCUUGGAAGAGCAAAACUUCUGUUUAUAUUAUGCGUUCUGUCGUACGCCCUCGCCGCCAUUGCAGGGAAGAGCUAUUACGAUACAUUGCAAGUGCCGAGGAGCGCAUCCGAUGAACAGAUCAAGAGAGCUUAUAGAAAGUUGGCAUUGAAGUACCAUCCUGACAAGAAUCCGGGAAAUGAAGAAGCCAAUAAGCGAUUUGCGGAGAUAAAUAAUGCGUAUGAGGUGUUAUCAGACAGCCAAAAGAGGGAUAUAUACGACAAGUACGGGGAGGAAGGGCUUAAGCAACACAUGGCUAGUGGAGGGAGAGGUGGAGGAAUGGGGAUGAACAUUAACGACAUUUUCAGAGAUUUCUUUAGUGGAGGAGGUGAAAUGGAAGAGGAAGAGACAAUUGUAAAGGGUGAUGAUGUAAUUGUCGAAUUGGAAGCGACACUAGAAGACUUAUACAUGGGUGGUUCACUGAAGGUUUGGAGGGAGAAAAAUAUUAUAAAACCAGCCCCUGGCAAAAGACGCUGUAACUGCAGAAAUCAAGUCUAUCAUCGGCAAAUUGGUCCAGGGAUGUUUCAGCAGAUGACAGAGCAGGUCUGUGACCAAUGCCCAAAUGUCAAAUAUGAACGGGAGGGAUAUUUUGUUACAGUUGAUAUUGAGAAAGGCAUGCAAGAUGGACAAGAGGUGAUUUUCUACGAAGAUGGUGAGCCAAAAAUAGAUGGGGAGGCUGGAGAUUUGAAGUUCCGUAUUCGUACAGCACCCCAUGAUCGCUUCAGAAGGGAAGGCAAUGACUUGCACACAUCUGUGACCAUUAGACUGGUUCAAGCGCUUGUAGGUUUUGAGAAGACCAUUAAACACCUGGAUGGACAUCUAUUGGACAUUAGCACAAAGGGAAUAACUAAGCCCACAGAAGUGAGGAAGUUCAAAGGGGAAGGGAUGCCACUGCAUUUUAGCACAAAGAAAGGUGAUCUGUAUGUCACAUUUGAGGUUCUUUUCCCCACAUCACUAACUGAAGACCAAAAGACGAAGAUCAAGGAAAUUCUUGGCUAGGGUAUAUUAGUAAUAUUCUUUUCUUAGGUUCCAAAAUGUUCCAUUGUAACACGAGAUUAUAUAGAAAUCCAGGAAGCCACGAGGCUUUGGUUCUCUUUCCUGGUUAAGUAGCAGCAGCGGACAAAUUAAUGCAACUCCUUUUGGCCGAGUCGAGGUAUAAUUUUUCCAUGUUUUAAAUUAACUUUCUCUUAGAAGUGUAUUAGGAGGUAGAAACUGAAAUCAACAAGGAAUCCAGUUCACAGCAGUGUACAGUUUAUUUUUUUUUAAUAACUAUUUUUAAAACACUUGAGAGUUAAAUGCAUGCAUUCAUUCAUUAACGGUCA